AUGCCAGGCUACUCGGAAUUUUAUUUCAAUGUGGAUCAUGGUUAUCUAGAAGGACUGGUCCGAGGCUUUAAAGCUGGAAUCUUGAAAGCUUCCGAUUAUGUUAACUUAGCCCAGUGCGAAACUCUGGAAGACCUGAAGUUACACUUACAAACCACCGAUUAUGGAAACUUCUUGGCCAAUGAAACCGGUCCUCUCACCGUCUCUACAAUUGAUGACAAACUAAAAUUCAAACUGCUGACAGAAUUUCAGUAUUUUAGAAAUCACGCCUUUGAGCCACUUUCAACUUUUCUAAAUUAUGUUACGUAUAGCUAUAUGAUUGAUAAUGUGAUUCUCCUCGUUACUGGUACAUUGCGCCAAAGACCCAUAGAUGAAUUGGUUCUUAAGUGCCAUCCUUUGGGCAACUUCGAGCAAAUGGAAGCUGUCAGCAUUGCUCCAAACCCUGCAGAUCUCUUCAAUGCAAUCUUGGUGGACACACCAUUAGCUGAUUUUUUUCAAGAUUGUAUAUCUGAAAAUGACCUGGAUGAAAUGAAUAUUGAACUCAUGCGCAACAAACUGUACAAGUCCUAUCUUGAGGGCUUUUAUGCAUUCUGCAAAAAAGAAGGUGGCACUACAGCAGAUAUAAUGUGUCCUAUUUUAGAGUUUGAAGCUGACCGGCGGGCAUUUAUUAUCACAAUUAAUUCAUUUGGAACAGAACUAAGCAGAGAGGACAGACAGAAGCUGUAUCCAACUUGUGGCAAACUGUAUCCAGAAGGUUUAGAUAUGCUCGCCAAGACUGAGGAUUAUGAGCAAGUGAAGGGUGUGGCAGACUACUAUGCUGAAUACAAGGCUUGCUUUGAAAUGGUUGGAGGUGGCACAGGUGACAAAACCUUAGAAGAUGCUUUUUUUGAGCUUGAGGUAAAAAUGAAUGUGCUGGCAUUCAACAAUCAAUUUCAUUUUGGAGUCUUUUAUUCCUAUGUUAAACUGAAGGAACAAGAAAACAGAAAUAUUGUAUGGAUUGCUGAAUGCAUUUCUCAAAGGCACAGAACAAAAAUUAACAACUACAUCCCUAUAUUCUAAACUGAUUGUUAGUGGUGCCUUUUGUCAUUGUUUAAUGGUUCUUUACUAAAUUAUUCCUCGAAAAAUAACUAGUCUGUUUACAUAUUUAGCCAUUAGGAAGAAAUUGUCUUAGAAAGUAGCAUUUGGUUGUUCCUGCGUUAGAUCUGCUCAGAUGAAACAACUCAUGGCAUGAUUUGAGCAAUUUUCAGUUAUUACUUUACAACAAAAGUAAAGUGAAUACAAAAGCUUGUGAUUAGGAUGUUUCAAAUAUCCUACUUCAUAAAAGGCAACCAUCCAUUUAAAGGGCUGUCAACGAUGUUUUUCCAUAUAAAGGCAUACUCCACUUGAAGAGAUUUUCAAGACAUGUAUGACUUAAUGAUAAAUA